AUGACUACCCGAUUCAGACAUAAAUCAUGCGUGGGAAUCUAUCUUUCGUCGCCACUUGCACAGACACCGUCAACUCUUGUCACCAUCACUCGUCAAGAAUUAAACCCGAACAGCGUUGCUGCCAUCCUCGCACACCGAAGGAUGGAAGAGGUCGAUAGCACACUUUUUGAACGCGAGAGAGACCGGCUGACAGCAGAAAUUACGAGUGGCUUCGAAGAGCUUUUAUCUUCGAGUAAUGGUUUAAACCGCAAGCUUGAGGAGGUAUUAGGGAUGACGAGAGAAUAUGAGACGAUCGCUGCACUCUGGCAGAGCUUCCACGACCUAAUGCGCGGCCAACAAGACGAACCCAGCGAGUUGUCGACCGAGCAGCCCAAAGGGCUGCCGGGGACGGGAGGACAUGUUCUUACUGCAAAGCAAGGAAGUGUCGGUGCGACCCACCAAAUUGAUAUAUAA